AUGGAAAACUUCGGAAUGCCAUCCUUCUCACCCUCAAAGAUCGGGGACACUCUUGCCCGGCAGAAGCUCCCCGUGCUGGGUGGACUCCGCCCAGAGGAGCGCGCAGUGCUGGAGGCGGACUCCCAAGGAAAUCUACUCUCCACAGAUGCGCGAGUUGCCAUGGUGGAAGGCUGGUUCAUGCGACGGCUCAUUGGCCGCCAGAAGUUCGAACAAGGUGAAUCUUCCGCCACUUCACCACCAAUUCUCAGCAGGUUGUACCAGGUGAUCUCUGAUGGAACCCUUUGGUUCGGCGCUGCCUCUAAGGUGGCAAUCACACCGUUUCCAUUUCCGUACCAUAACAUCAUCUCAGUCUUCCUGUGGAUGUACACACUUCUUGCCCCGGUGCUGAUCAAUGGCAUCAUCAUGGACUGCGAUAGCAAACUCCCAGAGUUGUCUGAAGAUUUCAAAGGGGAUUCGUUUCGAUUCAGGGAUUUUCAAUGUCAGCAGGAGAUCCUCUCCUCGGAGUAUGAGGAGGACGCGGCCAAGGCCCUCAACCUCCAAGCCCAGGCCACGCAAGGCUUGGCUGCAGCCGACCUGAAAGCUGAGAAGGAGAAGGACCUGGAGGAGGACAAGAAGGCAGCAGUCGCCGCCACAGCUUAUGCACAGGUGCGUUGGACAGCAUCACAAAUGCAACGAAAGUAUGAAAUCCAUGAUUCCACGGAGGACAUGGAGCUAAGAGAAGAAAAAGCCACGAGGGGAGAAGCAGCAGAGCCUGAGCUUCGAAGUGAGUGA